CCGGGAGGGGGAGGAGCCGAGGAAUCGAAAGAGAAAGCAGGCGGCGGGAGCUGGCGGCCGCCGGCCUCCGGGAGCGGGGCGCGGGGAUGGAGCUGCGGGCGCUCUGGCUGCUUUGCUGCUGCUUCUGCUGCUGCGGCCGCGCUGCGGACCCCCGCGCCACCUUCACGGCGACGGAGCCGCGGAGCCGCGAGCGACAGGCAGCCGCCUUCCGGGAAAGUCUUCAUAGACAUCGAUACUUGAAUUCUGUAUUCCCUGGUGAAAACUCCAGUGCCGUCUAUGGAAUAAAUCAAUUUUCUUAUUUGUUUCCUGAAGAGUUUAAAGCUAUUUACUUAAGAAGCAAACCUUCCAGAUUGCCCAGAUACCGAGCAGAAGUGCAAACAUCCAUACCCAAUGUGUCUUUACCAUUAAGAUUCGACUGGCGGGACAAGCGUGUUGUAACACAAGUGAGAAACCAGCAGACCUGUGGAGGUUGCUGGGCCUUCAGUGUGGUGGGUGCCGUGGAAUCUGCAUAUGCGAUAAAAGGGAAGCCUUUGGAAGACCUAAGUGUUCAGCAGGUCAUUGAUUGUUCAUAUAAUAAUUACGGAUGCAAUGGAGGGUCUACUCUCAAUGCUUUGAACUGGCUGAAUAAGACGCAUGUAAAACUGGUGAGAGAUUCAGAGUACCCAUUCAAAGCGCAAAAUGGCCUGUGCCAUUACUUUUCUGAUUCACAUUUUGGAUUUUCAAUCAAAGAUUAUUCUGCAUAUGACUUCAGUGACCAAGAAGAUGAAAUGGCAAAAGCACUUGUCACCUUUGGCCCAUUGGUCGUGGUAGUAGAUGCAGUGAGCUGGCAAGACUAUUUAGGAGGCAUAAUACAGCACCAUUGCUCUAGUGGAGAAGCAAAUCAUGCAGUUCUCAUAACCGGGUUUGAUAAAAUAGGAAAUCCUCCAUAUUGGAUUGUGCGGAACUCAUGGGGAAGUUCAUGGGGAGUAGAUGGCUAUGCCCAUGUUAAAAUGGGAGGCAAUAUUUGUGGUAUUGCAGAUUCUGUUUCUGCUGUAUUUGUGUGAUUUGUUGGGCAGAUCAAGGGACAACUACGAAAAUGAAGGUUCAUAAUGGAAUGGAGCAUAGAGUUCAUUCUCAGUGUUAUUUGCCUGUAGGCCAUCAGCUCAGUGGCCUGGAAGUAAUCUGUGGAAGAGUUGCCUACUUUAGGAUGAAGGUCAAAUAAAGAAUUUCUUCAAUUUGAAGACACUUACCUGGUUUGAUUAUUGUUUUUGUUUGCUUGUUUUAAUGAUAUACUUCUAGUAAGAUUAAAGAACGGAUAGGAAUUGCUUUUCCUUUGUAGAAUAUAAUCACUAGCCUUAGCUUACACUUAUAUAGAAGAAAGCCAGACUAAAACGGGGUGUGCUUCUCACAAUUCACAGCCCACCGAGAUGGAAUUUCUUAAGGAUUUUGAAAUGCCAGUUGCUUUACCUCCACAAAAGAGGCAUACCCCUUGAACUGUAGAAAGGUCAUGUAGAAAGAAGCAAAAGGAGAAAGGCACUUUUUCAGAGAAAUAGAUUGAAAUUGAAGGACCGAUAUGGCAGCUAUAUGGUAGGAAAAACUCAAGUAGCAUUGUCUGAGAGACUAUUGUUAGGAAACUUUGUCAAUAGGAUUCCAAUGGGUCUUUUUUCUUAGUUUGUUCUCCCUGUGUUGAGGAGCAAUGCAUUUUCCCACUCUCUUUCUCUUACUCUUUACUGUGCCACUCCUAAAUUUUCCUAGUGUCUUGACUUCCCUGACUAAAGAAGCCUCCUAUUUUUACUAUUUUAUAACCAUUUAUUUGGCUCCAUUUGUUUCUAAGCCUUUAUCAAACCAGGAUCUCACCUUUCGGUUCCUCCCACCAUUCCUAGGCACCACCCCUUUCAAAGCCUAAUCCCAUCAGUCUGAGGUAUCAGCCAAACUGAAUUUCCUAGGCUCUCUGGUUUCCCACUCUUCUGCGUAUUUUUUCCAGAUUCCCAUUAGAACCACAUUUUUGUGCAUCUCUGCCUUCCUCCUGGUUCCUGGUUCUUGAUGCUGGUGUUCUCUCUUACAAAAGUCAUUAUGUGUGGGUGUGUGGGAGUGUAAGAGCCUCAGGGCAUAAGAGCUGAUCUACUCUUUGAACAGAAGCACAAUACAUAGUAUUAAAUGGAUUAAUAUAAGAAAAUCAUAUCCAAUAUUGCAUAUGCAAACUUUUCUUUUCUGAAAUUUACGGUUGCUUUCUAAGGUGGAAUAUCUUAACAAAAACAGAAUUUUAGACGUAACAGCAACCUCUAAAAAAAUUGAGGGGGUGCCUGGGUGGCUCAGUCGGUUAAGCAUCCGAUUGAUUUCAGCUAAGAUCGCGAUCUUGCCGUUCGUGAGUUUAAGCCCCACAUCUGGGCCUGUGCUGACUAUGAGGAGCCUGCUUGGGGUCCUUCCUCUCUUCCCCUCUAUCUCUGUGCCUGCCCUGCUCACACGUGCUCUCUCUCUCUCUCUCAAAAUAAAUAAGCAUUAAAAAAAAAUGAGGACGCCUCAUUUUCCUCUUACUUUUGAUCUUUAUUUAUCCAUCCCCUUUCUUAGAAAAAGAAAAAAGCAAAACAAAACACUGUAUUUCUUUGUUUUACACCAAACCAAAGCAAUCUCAAAAUAAUAUGUGUUGACCCAGGUAUAGAAACGUUCCAGGAGGAAAAAUAUUGAUAUUCUGAUUAACAUUUUCAUUAGCCAAGUAGGUCAGAAAGGAACCAUGUCCUGGUUUGUCUAGCUUGUAUUUAUUUACUGACUUCUGUAUAAGUGCUCUUCUGAUCAUCUUUUUCAAAUACUAAAUGAUUUUUAAUUAUAAAAUGAAUAAUACCUCUCAGCUGUUCUGGAUUUUGAUGGCAUUUAUAAUAAAACAACCUAUAUUUGACUUUG